AAUUUCAAAUGUCAAAAAUCAAAAUCAAACUCGUCAGCUGAUAUUGAAUUAUUGUUGUUGUUAAUAUAUAUUUUGUGUGGCGGUUUGCCUUAAUAUUAAAUGUAAUGGACUUCCCAAAAUUAAGCGUUUGUAUAGCGAAAUAUUGAAUUGUUGAAUGCUGUAACUGUAUAGUCAACAUUAUUUUAGGUUAUGCUACAGUAGCAGCUUUUAACUGCAAUUGAUCUAUGAAACAAUGACUAUUUAUAAAAAAAUACAUCCUUUACCAAAAAUAUAUCUAGGCAGAUAUAUUUGGCAGACAAACAAAAGGUUUGCCAGCAGCCGGAAUAUUCUAAAACUUAGCGAAAGAGGAAUGUACCAGGACUUGUUUCCUAAUACAUCAGCGAAUGAAAUAAUUAACUUAUUGAACAAAUCACCACAAUGUGUGUAUGCAGGAUUUGAUCCUACGGCUGACAGCCUGCAUGUGGGGAACCUACUUGUUAUAAUUAACCUUUUACACUGGCAGAGAGGUGGUCACAAUGUCCUAGCUUUGUUAGGAGGUGCCACAGGCUACAUUGGUGAUCCCAGUGGUAGAAAUACAGAUAGGGUGGCGUUGCCUCAGGAUGUCAUUAAAAAUAACAUAAAUUGCAUACAGAAUAAUCUUGAGCAAGUGUUUGAAAAUCACAAAAAAUAUAUAUGGUCAGAGGAUGAAAACAAGCUAAAACCAUUAAAGAUUUUAAAUAACGAAACAUGGUAUAGAGAUAUAGAUUCAAUAAAGUUUGUCAGUGAAAUUGGAAGAAACUUCAGAAUGGGCACUAUGUUGUUAAAACAAACUGUACAGAACAGAAUAAAAUCAGACAUUGGCAUGAGUUUCACUGAGUUUGCAUAUCAAAUAUUCCAAGCUUACGACUGGUUGCAUCUGUUGAAAGAAUAUGACUGUAGGUUUCAGAUAGGUGGAAGCGAUCAAAUGGGUAACAUAAGUGCUGGACAUGAACUGAUCAGUAGGACUGCAAAACAAAGCGUAUAUGGUCUAACAUUACCAUUAGUGACAACAGAAGAAGGUGACAAGCUCGGCAAAUCAGCAGGCAACGCUAUAUGGUUAGACAGCACAAAAACAAGUCCGUACAGUCUGUAUCAAUAUUUCAUCAGAACAAAAGACUCGGAUGUAGAGAAGUUGCUCAAGCUAUUCACAUUCUACAGUUUGGGGGAAAUAAAGGAUAUAAUGUAUAAACAUAAACUGCAUCCAGAUCAGAGGUAUCCGCAGCAGUGUUUGGCUGAACAGUUAACCACCUUGGUUCAUGGAGCGGAAGGUUUAUCCAUGGCGUUGAAAGCAACCGAAGCUAUAUACAGCAAAGACGUGAAGUCACUAGUGUCGUUGACUCAGAGCGACCUGCAGCAAGUCUUCGAGGGAGCCAGCAUUGUCAACUUGUUGCUGUCGCCCGGUAUCACGGUGUUAGAGCUGGGCUUGAGAGCGAAAUGCUUCCCUACAGAAAGUGACGCUAUGAGAAUCAUACAAGCUGGAGGUUUUUACAUUAACCACCAAAGGAUCAAGAAAAUAGACGAAGUUAUCACAGAAUCUGCACACAUACUGCCCAAUCUAAUUUCGCUUUUGAGAGUUGGCAAACGCAACUAUUAUAUCGUAAAAUGGCAAACAUAAUUACUAUUUAAAAUCCACCAAUCUAUGUUGAAACAGUGUUGUGGGUUUAAGAGGUGCCCUCACUUGGGAGCUCAGACCAAUUACCUUCUACUGGACUUCAUCAUGAUGAAUGAAUGAAUGAAUGAAAUAUACUUUAUUGUACACCAAAAAUAAUAAUAACAGGCAAGAAAUUAACUUAAAAACUAAUGUACAAUUGGCUCAUGAUCUUCAUUAUCAGCCGAUGGACGUCCACUGCUGGACAUUGGUCUCUUGCAUGGACUUCCAAACAAAACGGUCUCGAGCCGCCAGCAUCCAGCGGCUCUCUACAACCCGCUUCAUGUCAUCGGUCCACCUAGUGGGUGGUCGACAAACACUGCGCUUUCCGGUACGGGGUCGCCAUUCCAGCACCUUGGGACCCCAACGUCCAUCGGCUCUUCGAUACUGGACUAGUAUCACACUCAAACUAACCAAAAAUAUUGUGUCGUUUUUUUGAGGUGGUUUGAGGUUUUGACGAAAUAAACUCACACAUCGAAAAUAUUUAACACUAAUAAAUAUAUCUUGUCUUUACACUACACAUAACUGUAAAUUAUAAAUCGUACACACACGUGUAAUUUUAACACAAUGAAACAUCGAUUAUAUAGACUUGUUUAUAUAGAUUGUAUGAACAAGUUGUUAGAUCAUGGCCUAUAUAGUUUUGACAGAGAGGUAACCUCAUAUUAGUACAUUAUGACAUAAGUGCGGAAUGUUGAAAAUUACAGCCGAGGCGAUAUUGCAGCUCGAGCCGCAAGGCGAGAGCUAUAGUAAGGAAGCAGAGGCUGUAAUUAUCUAAGCUCACGUAUGUCAUACGUUUUAUAACACAUUUGCGACUAAACACAUUUUCUGAAUAUGAAUUUGCAUCUUUGCCUGUUUUCCAUAAGAUGACAUUUUGAUACGCUUGUCACUUUUGCUAAGAUAGCGAAGGUUUUUUUUUAGAAAAAUUCGCCAAAAACAGCCGGUAUUACUAAAAAGUAAAUUAAUAUUUUUGUGUUCCUGUUAAUUAUAAAUGGUUGUCAUUUAUUAUUAAAACGAAACAAUAAAUGUUUAUUAACUAUAUUUCAUCUCACAAAGUUAAUUCUUAAAUGGUGAGCACUUUUCUGACAUAAUAACUCUUUGUUAAGAUUUAAAAAAGUACCGUUCGUUUUUAGACGGAUGAUAAAGGUUUUAUAUUACAUUACGGCACAUGUGCGUAAAUAGAUACAUUACGAUAUUGAAAUUGGUGAUAUAAGAGACACUUUACGAGCAAAUGUUGUUAUAAAACAUAUUUACUCAGGAGGUACCUAACUUCUAGCGAGGCAAGUCAUAUAGAAGGUAGUUUGUCUGAGCUUGGGAGAGAUGCCAUUGUGUUUUGCAAAUAAAAUAAAAUACAAUAUAAAU